AUGCCGAGCGAGGUGCAGCCAGGCUCCGGAGCCCGCCCCGGGGAGGCCGGAUUCAGCAUUUGGACAGCGGCUCGGGGGCGGUCUGCGGCCCAACGAGUUUGCAGGUGCAAGCCCACGGGAUCUGCCAAUCCUUCAUGGGUCCCCUCAAUCAUCACUUGUGUGUGCGAAAAGAUCAAAAGACCCCUUUUCGCCCAGGGCGCCUCAAGCCCUCAGCUCUCCUUUCUUCGCCGAGCAUCCUGGAUCCUGGAUCCUGGAGCUGCCAGCGAGAUUUCCAGCCCUGGGCUUGUCACCACUUCCCAGGUGAGCCGGGAGAAGCAGCGCGCCGCCAGGAGCCCCCGCGCCACCGCCGCCGCGCCUGCCUCUAGCAGCUCUCGGCCACGCGACCGUGCGAGUAGCGGCUCCUGGAGGGCGACCGGAGCUGGGCCUGAGCCUGGGGACUCGCCUGAUCCUGGGCGACCGAACCACCGUCACCACAACCGCCCCACCCCCGCCGUCGCCUCAUGGGGCCCCGGCCCCCUCCCGGGUCCUGGCUCACCGGCAGGUGCUCCAGCUUCCCGCCCGUCUUACCUGAGCUCUGCGGCACCUGCGCUGGCACCUAUUGCCUCUCCGCGCGAAGGAGGACAUGCCACGGCCACGGGAGAGUUUGGACCCGCAGGCUCUUGGAGAGUUACUUCCCAGCGCCCACAUUUCCUUGAAACUGUGAUGCUGGAGGCGGACAGUUCCAGGGUCAGAAGAAGGGAAAAGAAGAAAGACAGCUUGGUGACAACUAAAGAGGUGUCUCCCUUCCAACACACGCCGCGGGGCCUAUGUACGUCCACAGCUCUCACCAGCAGCUGUCCCCUCUCUGGACGGUGGUGCAGACGGAUGGUACAGAUGAAAGGAGGAGAAAAUGAAAUGUUGCCUGAAGACAAUGGCCGAGACAGCCCGUCCCACCCUGCACAGCCGCCAGCGCCUCCUUCCCCAGCCUUGACUCCUCUGUCGCGAGUCUGCACAUUACCCUGCUAACCCUGAGGUGUCUGUUCAUCUGCAAGCUCACAGCCUCCCUCGGGCACUUCCUGACAAGAUGGCAGGAUGCUUGAUCCUGGGAUCUCCUUUGCUCUCUCCAGGUUGGAUCUGCCUUCCUUGGGGGCAUGCCCCAUCUGAUCUGAGCUGCAGGCUGGCACUGGUGAAAACCUACCACAGCCUCUCUCUGUGGGGAUGAGCUUCACCUGGGUCUCUCACUGCCCUGUUCAGCAGCUCUGUAGGCCAAGGAGUAGGGGCCUGUCCCCAUUCUGACUCACCUCCUUAUGCUCUGCUUCUUUCUCAAGGGAGCCUUAGUGGCUCCUGCUGAGAGUGUGAUGCUGGAGAUGGAUGGAGCCAUGUUAUGUUACUGAAGAAAGCUUCUGGUCUCAAGGGUCUGAGGUGGCCUAGUAAAAAAAAAACAAGGUCACGAGAAGAUCCACUCAUAAGUCAGAGGGUCCUCGGUUCUCCAGCCCACUGUCCUGCUUAGGACACAAGGCAAGCUUCUUCCCUCUCCGGACCUGGAAAAGGAACACUGCAUACAACGGUGUCUGCAGCCACUUAGCCCCUACAUUUUAUAAUUUGGGAAUUCUUCUUUUUUUUCUGCUUUGUUACCUACAAGUCAGCCUACCCCUCUUCCUGACUUUCAGAAAAGUCAGCUUUUUCUCCUUCAAGCUGUCCUGGGACACAGGUCAAUUCCUCUACCUAAAGCCUAAGAAGAAACAACCAACCAAAGAAAGAGAAAACCCAGAAGCUUGUCUCAUUUCUGACCUUCGACAUUGGACUGGAAAGUGGCCUGGGCCAGACAGUAUGUUUUGGCUAGGUGUGCUUCCGGCCUGAGUCUGGAUGCUCUGUCUUUGCCUCUGGUUCCAAAUGUUCUGAACAGUGCCCCCGUGGUUUUAGGAAGGUUUGCCAUAUAUUUGGGGCCUUUCCUGGGCCAGAGCCCCUUAGAUUCUAUGAAGGCACCACUUUUUCUUGAUGUCUGGUUUCUAUCCCUGACUUCCCCAGCCAGGUGGUUCCUCUAUAGGCACAGCUGAAACGAGUCUGGUUGUGAAGUCUAGAAGGCGUGAAACCAAUAUCCCUGUAUGGCCAGGGUGACCCUGGGCCAGUGCAUAGCUUCCCUGAGCACUGUUUCCACGUUUAUAAAAUGAGAAGGGGGUAGAGAGGGGAGGGGAUAUGCCUCAGUGGUGGAGAGCUUUCCAAGCAUUCUCAAGACGUUGGGAUGUAUCCUUAGACUCAAAAUAUAACAAUAAUAGUAGCCAUGCCUUUCACAUACAUUACGUGAGAUAUAGAAAUAAGUCCUUCUCCAACUUCAGGACUUCCCUGCUGGGGAGGUCCUGAGAUGACCUUCAUUUUCCCCUUCCGAGCCCUCAUAACACCUGAAUGGAAUUCAGAGGGCAUCUGCCUCCCUGAGCGCCUCCUGCUCACAGACUAUUCCUCUUGUCUUUAGAGCGUCCUGCGAAAGGAAGUGAUGGGUCAGGCUCUGUUCAGCUUUUCUGGAAAGAGAGAAGUGGCAACUCCUGCUAGGGUCACAGGACGAAUACAGAGCCAAGCUGCUUCAGGAACAGAAGAAUAGAGCAGGAAAGAAAAUGCAAUGUCACCACCCUGUCACCACCCUGAGGCCCCUGUACAGGGUGCAACCCAGCCACCAGGGACUCAGCAGGAGAACAGGGAAAGUGCUCCACAGCCCUCCUAGAGGGCCUCUGUCAUUGACCAGCUGGCCUGGCAACUCCUCCACACCUGCCCAUGCCACACCUUUCUGGAUAGUUCUGGGUCUGCUGUGCUGUGGGACACUCUGUCCAGCCACUUGGGAAACGGAAACUUCAGCACUGGCAUUUCUACCCCGGAGAACUAGGCAGCACACUGGGAAGCAGCCAGGGGAAGGGACUCCAGCCUCCCAGGAGUUAAAGAUGCCUCUCCCCAGCUGUCCUCCCCUUGGUGCUCCUUUUCCUCCCUCCUUCUGCUCACAGCAGGCAGGGCCUGGAACCAGGAGCCAUGCUGCUGUGCUGUUGCCAGGGGAGCUGGGAGGCAGAUCGGAGCUAUGCAGGGAAAAGGCUCAGCCUGUCAAAGUGUCUGAGAUGAACCACCGCCAUCCUGUGCAGCUGGGCUCAGAUGUGUCUUGGCUCUUGUUCUGUGCCUGAGAACGGUGAAGCCCAGUGAGGUUCAAGGGCACACUCGCUAUUCAUUAGUCAGGGGUUCUUGACGUCCUGUCUCUCCCAGGCAUGGGUUCCCCCCUUCCUCUUUCUCUCCCUCCUGUGACACAUUCCUGGGUGCCUGUGGUGAGGACUGCACACCCCCUCCUGCAUGGCCCCCUCCACACAAACCCUGAAUCAACUCCUGUUAAGGAGACCAGGCGGGACAGAGACAAUGGCUUCAAGAAACCAUUCAGGCGGGACCCCAGUCACAUUGGCCUUCCCUCCACUCCCAGUGACCCUACAGAUCUGACUCUGCUGUGACUCGGGGCACCCUUGGGCCCCCAGCUUGCACAAGCCCAGACAGGAGCAGGCCACUAGGUGCUGCCCUACACAACAGGGCCAGUCAAGUGCUAUUCUCAGUGGGCCCCUCGGUGGGCGCCUCUAACCCACUGGCUAGAUAUUUUUGUGCAGUUGUUUGGGGAAUAGAAACUGUACAAUAUUUUCUGAAAUGUUCCAAUGUCAAAAUUAAAAGGUGCAUUUACUUGGAUACUAAUUUUAUGACUAGGAAUUUUCUCCAGAUACAGUGGGAAGGUUUGCUAAGGAGCAUGGACAAGGAAGUACGGUUCAACUAAUGCAUUAUUUACUCCUGUGGAAUGCUUCAGAGCUGUAAAAGUGUGGCAGAUCUCUGCACGCAGGUGAUAUUCAAGGGUGACUGAUAAACUUGAGUGGAUAUAAUCUAUUCAGAUAAAUAAUAAAUAAAUAAUAAAUUACAGAACAA